UCCUCUUCCUCUUCCAUCUCCUCCUCCUUCUCCUUCUUCCUCAUCUUCAUCUUCCUCCGUUUUCUCCUUCUCCCGUUCCAUCCUUUUCACUUUCCACUUUCCUUCCUCUUCUCCUUGUCUUUCACCUCCGUUUUCGCCUUCUGAAAAUUCUUGUCCUCAUUCUUGUCUUCAUUUUACUCUUUAUCCUUCUUAUCCAAGUCCUCGACCCUCAUCUUGAUCGUCACCUAGGUCUUUUCCAUUAUCGUUGAAUCUUCAACGAACGUUCGGCCGUGUAUCUGAAAACGUUUCUUUCGAGCCAACAACACGGGAAUAAGUGGAGCACAACGGCGGGCUGCCGAUGUCGUUUCGAGGAGUUCGAGAAACUUUCAUAGACAUACUGGCCAAAGGAUACUGCUUUGAACUUAACAUUACGGAUUCUCAUUUACGCUUGCCUGAUGCGUCGAAAGUGAUUGGAGCAGUGGGAGCGAGCAUGUAACCCGGUGAAACUUCAGACCGAUCAGUGCCUAAGAAUUCGUAGGAAAUCAAAAACGCACAACAGCCCCGCAACUGGACCGACUCAGUGUGUGUCAGAGUGUGAAGGAUAGUGCGGAAGAGGUCAAACACGACGGGUAGACUUACGUCCCGAAAGUCUGAUCAAGGCUGUUGUAGGUACGCUGCAGGGGAUGUUGGUGCGGACAGACAUUGAAGAAAACUGAAAUGCUCGUCGUGUAAAGUGCGUUUGCACGAUUAUAGCGGAACGUGUCAAACGCAUCGAUCCCAGAACGGACGAAAACUUGGAGAACAUCGUCGGCUCCGAAUUAAGAUUCUCGUAAUGUAAUAUUUUAAUUAUUAGUUGAUUAGGAAGAUCGUGUUAAGGCGAGAGUAAGGAGUGCGUGAAGAAAUUCGCAAAGGAGCGCGGAAAAGGGUGGGAGAAAAGGGAAAGAAAUGUCGGGUGAAACCGAGAUUGAGGUGUCGGUGGUGUCCGAGGAGGAUCUCGAACUGGACGGCUCGCGGAGUUGCUCGACACCGGCUGAACUGUUGCUGCAAGAAAAGAAUGGAAAAGGUGGCUGCGCUCUUGGAAAUUCUUUUUCUUUCGAAGUUGGAAAAGUCGCGUUGCGUCCGGCGUGCAAUCCACAGUACACCUCCUUCAGCAUAUCGAGCAUUCUUGGAAGACCGGAGUCGCCGCCGGCCGAGUCCGACAUCACCGUUGAAGUCGACCGGCAACAUGACGAACGGUCUUCGCCCCCCGUGCCGGCUUCCUCGACGCCGGGAGUCCUUCUCCCCGGCACUGUACCUGGAACUACCAAUACGUCCCAACGAAUUCUUGCCUCGCGAGACAGUCCGGCUGGUCGAAUUAGCCCUGCUGGAGGCCGACUUCUUUCGCCGGCUAAUCUUCGACUGGUAGGUCAGCGGCUUGGCGGAAAUCACACGGAGCAACAACGCUCGAUCGUCACCCAAAGAAUCGGCUGUGCGCCAAUGGUCACGGGCUCUUCGUCGUUCCAAUCAAGCGAUUCCGGGCACCCUCUCAUGGGUCAGGCGUCAGCUGACCUCGCAAUGCUCUCCAGGUUAGGUCUCAUGUCGUCUUUGAUUACCGGUCGCUAUCCAGUGGGAAUCGGCGUGGGAGGAGUAUUCUUCCCAUCUACGUUACAACAAUUUCAUGAACAGCAUCAACAGCAUCAGCAUCAGCAGCAAUCCCGAUUGACUGCAUCCUCGGUCCUGAGCAAUGCGGUUACCGGGCAGUCCGAUAUUGCCGACGCGGAUGGAAUACGCGGAGCCGUCCUACCCGGUGGCGGCGUCGGCGUCGGCGUCGGCGGCGUUGGUGUGGGUGUCGGAUGGCCUUUCCCAUGGAGAACGUCUAAUGCACUUCAGACGCUCGACCAUUCCUCAUCGGGCGACGUUGUCGCCGGCUCUCUAAGUCGCAUCAGUCCAGGAACGGCUUUAUUCCAGCAAAGAGGAGAAGAACUCGACGAGGAUAAUGGAGGUGGUGCCGAGGAGAGAUCCCAUCGGACAAGGGAUAGGAGCCCAUCGACGGGGGACGAAGCUCACGACGAGUUGGCCGAUCAGGAUGACGUUCCAGAAAUCGAUGGCGAAGGCGAGGGCUCGGCUCCAACGAGGAUCCUUCAUUCGUCAGGCGGUGGCAAUGGCGGCGGUCAAACCCUGCAGCAGGUCGGUGUUGACGGAAGAGAUACCGGAAGCAUUAAAAGGAAGAAAAAGACACGAACCGUAUUCUCGCGGUCGCAGGUCUUUCAGCUGGAGAGUACCUUCGACAUGAAGCGCUACCUCUCGUCCUCGGAGAGGGCUGGCUUGGCAGCCUCGCUGCGUCUCACUGAGACUCAGGUUAAGAUAUGGUUUCAAAAUCGACGAAACAAAUGGAAGAGGCAGCUGGCCGCGGAACUCGAGGCGGCAAAUAUGGCGCACGCGGCUCAGCGUCUCGUUCGCGUUCCUAUCCUUUAUCACGAGGCGUCGGCAAAUAAUUCGGCCGGCGUGACUACGGGCGCCGGCUCCGUUGUUGUCUCGGGAGCUGGAGCCGGUCCAGGACACGGGCAUGCUCAUGCUCACGGUCACAAUCCACCUGUUCCCGUUACUCCCUGUGGCAGUACGACGCCCGGUGGAAUUGGUGUCGGGCAUCCCGGUGUCGUUGCUUCGUCGGGCAUAGGACCCCCGGCCCACUCUGGAGCUGCAACGGGGACAACCGGAAUCUCACAUUCGGUCGGAGUUGCUGUUGGCGUCGGUGUCGGCACGUCGUGCGCAUCCACCGUCGGCAGCCAACCGAUAUUCUACUCGCACCACCAUCAACAUCACCACCAUCAUCACCCGCAGCACGUUCAGUCUCACAGUUUGUUGCCUCAUCAGGUUCAUCCGCAACCGCCCCCCCCGCCGCCGCCGCCGCCGAAUCCCCAACCACCCUCCUCCUCCUCGCAAUAACCCAACAUAUUUUCCCUACCACAUUCCCGAUUUCAUGCACUUGCUUCCUCCAAUGAUUCGUAUUGAUCUGCAGAAUUUAAUUGUCUAUAAUUAUUAUCGGCAAAUAAAUGACGAAUAAACAAGGUGUCCGAGACGGCGCCCGACUCCAAUAUUCUUCCCCAAUCCAGACUUUCCGAUUAUCGUAAUUUUGUCUUUCGAAACUAUCCGUGGAAAUUACAGCCUCGUCGCAUCGGCUUUUAUCAUUUCCCCGGUGUUAUAAUAUCGCGUGCUCGCUGACACGAAACGCAACGCGCGACAUAAGGCAGCGGCAUCGUGCGACUCGUCCCGAGGGAUUCGUCACUGACAAUUUUGCACAAUGGCUCUCCCAAUGUCGCUCCACACGCUCCACACACUCCACAGGCUCCUCGUCUGGCAUCUUGGUUGACUCGUCCGUCUCCUUCAACCCUUUCAGCUCAUCUCUAACGCGACAACAGUUGUGGCAAUAUCAACAACCACAUCAUCAACAGCAAUGGAAGUAGCAACGUAAAGUACUCGCCACCACCCUAUCGGCGGACUCUCUUUCUCUCUCUCUCUGUCCCUCGUAUUCCACAUGGUAUCUCUAUCGUUCUCCAUAAAUGGAUGGACGCCAACGAAAAAGGGUGCCUUUGAGCCUGUUCGUUGCUGCCAGAUUAAUUAACGAAGCGCUCGCCUGGGGGCCGCAGAAGGAUCAGCUACUCCAAUGCGAGAGUGGUCAUAGGAUCCACCUACCUACCUACCUACCACCUACCUACCUACCUACCUACCUAUCUAUGUAUGUAUGUAUGUAUGUAUGUAUUUACUUGUGAACCUGCCUACCACGUUACCUAUUAUCUGCGCAUCCAUCUGAAGAUCAUCUCAUUCGUUCGUUAAUACAACAGUUUACCCAACUUCCUUCCUUGUAACUCGGGUCGAGGUUCCACAUCUAUUUUUGUUUCCGAGUCAACCUCUUAGGGCGUACAACACGAAAUUUUACUCAAUAUGUAAUUAUCACAUGACAUCUGCUCUGUGAUGAAGCCAGAGACUCUUCAAUUACCUACCGGUGUCUGUCUGUAAAACUUUUUGUCAAACAAUACAUCAGACCGAAAUUUAUCAGAAA